AUGAAGGACGCCGCUCUUCCCGAAAAUGUCGAACUUUUGCGCACUCGUGUUAUAGUGGAAAAAGACAGAGUUUACAGUGUCAGUGGUAGUGAUUACCCUAACCAAUAUCGUGGUAUCAGCAACGCAUUCAAUCUCGAAGAAUUCAAAAAGAACUUCAAAGUAAAGAUCCAGCGUCUAUCCAAGCACAGUGUCGAGUUUGACUUGAUUGGCAUUGACGCGUCUGUUGCUAAUGCCUUUCGUCGUAUCAUGAUUGCCGAGGUUCCUACCAUGGCCAUUGAAAAAGUAUAUGUGAUGAACAACACCUCCAUUAUUCAAGAUGAAGUCGUCGCACAUCGUUUGGGUUUGAUCCCUAUCAAAGCUGAUCCUCUUGAAUUUGAUUACAUGACAGAAGAUGGUGGACCCACUGAUCUCAACACUCUUGUUUUCAAAUUGAAAAAGAAAUGUGAAUUCAACCCUGAAGCUGCAGCUGAUGAAACUGAUCCCAACAAGAAAUAUAUCAACAGUUUUGUUUACUCUAGCGAUUUAGUAUGGGAACCCAAGGGUAAUCAAGAAGAAAAGUUUGGUGACAAUCCUCCCAGACCUGUUCAUGAUGAUAUUGUCAUUGCAAAGUUAAGACCUGGUCAAGAGAUGGAAAUGGAAUUGCAUUGUCAAAAGGGUGUGGGCAGAGAACAUGCUAAAUGGUCUCCUGUUGCUACAGCAUCCUAUCGUAUCUUGCCAGAAAUCACUAUUUUAGAGCCCAUCACUGGUGAAGAUGCUGAGGAUUUCAAAAAGUGCUUUGUUGAUGGCGUUGUCGAUGUGGUUAUGGAGAAUGGUGUAAAGACUGCCAAGGUUGUCAAUGCCCGCAAAGAUACAGUUAGCAGAGAAGUUUUACGACAUGAUAAAUUUGACGGCAAGGUUCGUUUAACCCGUGUCCGUGAUCAUUUUAUUUUCAAUGUCGAAACCUCUGGUAUUAUUCCAGCUGAGCAAAUCUUCCUUUCAGCACUCGAUGUCUUUUUGGAAAAGAUCAAGGACAUUCAGCCUCUUGUAGAUCGUGUUGUAUCAAACGAAAUUGCUUAA